AUGAAUAGGCCUUAGGAAAAAUUAAAUAUGAAACUGUAUGAAUCAUAGAAUUCUUAUGUCAAGGAACCUUAACUGAUUUCAAUGAAGAAAAUUAAAGUUAUAAAAAAUUCAUAAAGAAUGAUCUAAGAGGGAUAGAUGAUUUAAUCCUAACUUAUUAAUAAACUGAGACCACCGAAAUCAGCAAAAAAGUAUUAAUCUAUAAUUCAGAGUAAUGUUAUUUAAAACCUUAUAAGUUGCAGUCAAAUUCAAACUGCCUCAAAAUUGAUAUAGGAUAAUGAUGAAAUAGCAAUAUUACAAGAUUAAUUAGGAGCCAAUAUUAGAUUCAAAUUUAUAUGUCAUGAAACCUCAGUUAGCAGAAAUAAUUUGGUUCAGAAGAUAAAUGGUAUGACCGAUUUACUGAUAAUAGUCUAGGCUAAACAGAAUAAUGAAAAAUUAGGAAGAUUCACGAUUUACCUAUCAGUUCCAUUUUAAAAUGUUGCUAUGGAUUAGUAUGUUGUUGACUAAAAUGCAUUUAUUUUACAAAAUGACUAUUGUUUUUUGAUAAAGCAGAUCAAUAACAAAGAUAGGAACAUAGGUUUUAGUCCUAAUUCAAUUUUAAUUCUAGGAAAAUAAAAUUAACAACUUUAUUAUUCUCCAAGAGUUUAGAAAUAAGAUUUGAUUCUAAAAGAUAGUCAUAGUUUCUCAGUUAAACAGUGUACCAGUUGCCUAGGAUAAUCUUUUAUGAUUCCAGAAGCUCUUGAUCAACAAGAUGGCUAGAAUAUAUUGGCUGGUGUUCCAGCAUUCAAGAUAGAUCAGAUAGAGAUAUUUUAAGUUAUUAAAAAUUGA